AUGGACAUAGAGGCCGAAUUUGAUCAAUUUGUAAUCGACGAUUUCGGGCCGUCGGUACGGGUACAGGUGCCGAGCACCGCCGAGGGACUCGCCCGCUUCAACCAGGCCUUUCUAGACCCGCCGCAAAGAGCCUACGUUCAGCAUAUUGACUUCCAUAUUGUCUUGCCAACGAUUGGUGAGAAACGAAUCAAAAAGAUUCAGAGCAGAAAAGAAGCAUUGGAAAAUGAUGCUGUAUUCACCAGAGCUGUUGCGACCUUUCUCGGUCGGCUGGCUAAAUGGGAACGUCGCCGGUACGGCCCUGGUAUUAACCUGAAGAUAGCGGUGGAGUCACCAACAGACAGGCUUGUGGAAGAGAUGGAGGAAGACGGCGAACUGAAGAACACUCACAACCACCGAACUGCGCCUAUAUGGCAAGUACGAGACCAUUUCCGCUACCUGCGUUUCGAUCAUAGCCUCUUACCACCAUCCGAUUUGGGGCUGGCAAAGCUACCGCAGGUGCCGUGUGUGUUCGAGUUCGAGUUCGAUGGCGGACCUGGCGGACGUAACUUUCACCCUGAUGCAAUUGCAGCUAUAUCAAGCGCACUUGUCUCGGCGAGAAAGAUGGAGUGGACCUUUAGGCUACCGACACGUCGAUUGAUAGAUGCUCGCAGGGAGAUCAGAUCUGCCCUCGGCAACGCACUACUCAACACAUCGUUCUCAAGCUUGGUUGAAUUCAGGAUCAAUCUCGACGAUAAAGAUCCAAUGGACGAGGCUUUCCAACUUGAAACAUUGAUGGGCGACGAUGAAGAAGCGGAUACUUUGAGCCUAGGCGUUCGCCGUUUGUGUCAAGUUCCAAGUCUUCGGCGACUGCACUUGGAGAAACUUUGGAUCUUAUCACCGGCAGCCUUCGGUUCUCAACCCACUCUACCAGAAAUUCAUUGUCCCUCAUUGGAGUAUCUCUACGUCGAUUGUUCAGCAACAACACCUGAUGGCCACUACCUCCUUACCGGCGACCCAAGCAAAGCCCUGGCAGAUGAUAGUGGGUACGGCCUUGAACACGACGAGGAGAUUGCUGCUUUCGACUCAGAUGACUCCGACACUUCAGAUUUCCAACCCGACUUUGAAUGGUCCAAAAGCUCGGGAGAAUUUCCGGGAAGAUGGUUUAGGUAUACGCCCGAGCCGGAUGCGUUUAGUCCCUUGGCAACAUCCUUUGUCAGCGCUGUUGAUAAGAUGCCAUCUUUGCGUCGGAUGGAUAUUCACUUUGGUGGCACGACAACGACAACGAGGGCGCCUCUGGACAUGCUGUACUUUGCUCCUGGUGAACCAAAUCGAGGUGCAAGUCAGAUCAAUGGACGCAAAGCAUUUGAUGAGGAAAACGCAAGCAGCCCUAGGUGGUUCUUCCAGGGCGGUCGCAAGUUUGACAAGGAGUGGCAUCCUUCGCAGGAACUGGAACGGGCGUGCAGAGGGAAGUCCGGUCUGGGCCGCGUUCAUUUUGCUACCAAUUGA